AUGUUAUUGUUAUUGUUGGUUCAAUUUUCUAUUUUAUUACUGUCUACAAUUUCGAUUCCAAUUGAACAAGCCGAGACAAUUUUACAAAAUAAUGAUGAGAACAAAUUGACUGCUAAACAAUCUCAAUAUAUUGAACCAUCGACAAAUAUUCAAUAUGUUUAUAUGAGUGAUUAUGAGAAUUAUCGUCUUUAUAAAUUAAUACCCAGAUCUAGUUCAACAGUAACUCAAACAGCAAUAGCUAAUAAAUGGCUUGAUCAAUAUUUAAAAUUGUCAUUUGAAACACCUGAUCGAUCAUAUCCUUAUGUUGUUCAAUAUUGUGGUUCAAAUAUGUUGGCAUUUUUUCUUCGAAAUACUACUGUUUCUAUACAGAAUAUUAAUGCUCUUCUUAUGUCUCGUUUAGAAGCAUAUGACAACUCGCAAUAUGUCUGCUAUUUAAGUGUUUUAAAGGAACAUCGUCAACAUGGUCUUGGAACAAAAUUAUUGAAUGUAUUCAUUAAUGAAGCUAUUCGUACAAAUAAUGCACGAGUUUCAUUACAUGUAAAUACAGAGAAUAAGAGUGCUUUAUCACUAUAUUUAAAAUGUGGUAUGCGUUGUACCGAUUAUAUUUCUGGUUAUUAUUUUGGUGAUCGAACAUAUCCAACACAAAAUGCUUUUACAAUGACUUUACAAUUAAAAAAUGUUCAAAACUCAACAGCAGUUUGUCAAUCCACAACUGCUGUUAAUAUUCCUCAACAAGAAGACGCUGUUUACAAGCAAAGAUGCCCACAGGCAUUGGCUGGAUGA